CAACAGUUCGAUUUUCGGUUGUUUUCGAUCGCAUUCAUGGCAUAACGAUCCACCAAUUAGGCUUGUCACUCAAUAGAAAACGGAGAAUGAAGAACGUUUUCGGAAGCACUUUCAUUCUAGUCCUCUUAACCUUCCUCACUCACAUCGGCCACAAAAGAGAACAGGCGACGAAUACACUUUCCUGCUUAAGCCAACAUUAUUCCGAUGUCAGUCUAGCACGAUUACAAAGUUUUCCGAAUUUGAUGAAUGAAAUUUCAAAGAUUGAAGACAAUGUUGGGAUCGUUUUGCUGAAUCAGCAUGCCAUGAACAUCACUUUGAACUGGUUGUGUAAUUUGAAAGCCUUUCACGAUCCGACGAUUUUAGAGAAUAUUGUGGUUUUCGCAAUGGAUAACCAUUCUUAUCAAAUGCUUUCAAUGCUCUGGCCGCAAAUAAGGACGUUUAAAUUAGAUCUACCAUCUGUGUCACAGCCGUUUUUAGUCGGCCAUUGUCAAUACCAACUAUUUCAAUUAUUACGGGCCAAUUUGGCAACAAUGUUGUCAAUGAUGAAUAAGUCAUUUUGGAUGCUGCAGCCGGACACGUAUUGGCGGGAAAACCUAUUCGAUUUGUUCGAUGUUACUGGGAAUGAUUCAAUUGACGUUUAUCUUGAUGUUGAAGGAGAAUCUGUGUUGUCAUCUAGGAUGAUUGCCGGAGGAAAUUUCCAUGUUCGUGCUUCAACAGCUUCAACACUAUUUUUCCAUCAACUGAGUACAGAGAUUCGUGAACGAUACACAACAGAUAACAAUGUGAUGGGAGCAAUGUGUGCUCAAGGAUUUGCUUCGGUCAAGUGUGAAUUCAUUCCAUACCACACAAUUUCAAAUUGGCGGUGGAAAAAUAAAAACUUAAAGCCUGCUCUCAUGCAGUUUGACAGUCUCAUUCUUCCGGGACAAAUGGGCAAAUUAGAACGGAUGCAUCGAGCAGGAGCAAAAUUCGUGCAUCCAGAUGGUUCAUGUCUGGUGCUUGAAUCUGCAAACGUUUCUUCGCUGGUAAUAUUUGAUGAUACGUUACCGCACGUUUUGUUUCCGCCGUGUUUUCACUUCUUCCACGUGGCGCACGGUGUGUGCGAAUCAUUAUGUCAUUUCUUUCCAUCAAUUGUUGAUUUUCUUUUAGGAACAGUUUUCCCUAAUUAUGCCUACUUUUUAAUUUGAUUAGCCGCCCCAACAGACAACCAAACGUUCUCUCUCUCCCUCUCAUCCAUCCCUCUCCCCCAUCUUUUCUCAAUUCCACAAGAACAGAAAACAAACCAGUCCAUUUUUAUAAGUACGAGAUUUACAAUGAAGAUAAACUCAGUCGUA